AUGGGCUCCCGGCACUUCCCCGCCCGGACUGUGCUCUUCGAGAAGGAGUCCAACGGCGUCACGUACCGCGUGCCCGCCCUGCUCUACCUGCCCUGCGUGGCCAAGCUGCUGGCUUUCGCCGAGGAGCGGCUGAGCGCCGAUGAUGCCCAUGCCAACCUGCUGGUGCUGCGCCGUGGCACUGUCUACGGGCGCUACGUGGAGUGGGAAGACAUGCGCGUGCUGGAGACGGCGACGCUGCAGCACCACCGGUCGAUGAACCCCUGCCCGCUCUACGACGAGUUCACCGGCACCCUCUUCCUUUUCUUCAUCACGGUGCUGGGCAGGACACCCGAAGCCUACCAGAUAGUCACUGGCCAAAACGUCACCCGCCUCUGCUGCGUCACCAGCGCUGACCAGGGCCUGAGCUGGAGCGCAGCCACAGACCUGACACAGCAGGUCAUUGGUGGGGCCAUCAAAGACUGGGCAACGUUCGCUCUGGGACCUGGGCACGGGAUCCAGCUGCGCUCCGGCCGGCUGCUGGUGCCUGCCAGCAGCUACCACAUCGACUGCAAGGAGUGCUUCGGGCAGCUCUGCAAGACCACCCCUCACUCCUUCGCCUUCUACAGCGAUGACCAUGGCCGGGGCUGGCGGUUCGGGGAGUUCAUUCCCAACCUGCAGACAGGCGAGUGCCAGCUGGUCUCGGUGGACGAGGAGGACGGCUCCAAUGUCCUCUACUGCAAUGCCCGCAGCCCCUUGGGCUUCAGGGUCCAGGCGCUGAGCACGGACGAUGGGGCCGUCUUCCACGGGGGGCAACUGGUCCAGCGGCUGGUUGAGCCCCCCCACGGCUGUCAUGGCAGCGUCAUUGGCUUCCCCGCACCUUUCGUGUACGUCCCCACCACCCUCCGGGACCCUGCGAUGCUCCUCCGGGGCUCAGCUCACCGCCUGCUCCCUGGGAUGCUCCCAGGGUUUCGGUACUUGCCCACUCGGCAGGCAGCUGGUGAUGAGCUACCUACCGUGGCCACCGGUGGCCAGCACAAGCCCGCAGAAGCCGACGAGGAGGGCUGUCUUACCCCAGCACAUCUCAGCCAUGCCAGCAGUGUCACCUUGGUCCGAGGGGACCCCAUGGCAACCCCUGGCCCUGAUCCUUUCUUCCAAGCACCUACGUGGGUCCUCUACUCCCACCCCACCAGCUCCAUGUCACGGGUCAACAUGGGGGUUCACCUGAGCACCUUUCCCAGGGACGUGGAGAGCUGGAGCGAGCCGUGGGUCAUCUACGAGGGCCCAAGCGCUUACUCGGAUCUGGCUUACAUAGAGCUGCCCUACAAUGAGGCCUCCGUCUCUGGUGGCCCAGCCAUCGCUUUCGCCUGUCUCUACGAGAAUGGGACACGGUCACCAUACGAGCAGAUCUCAUUUAGCAUGUUCACACUACAUGAUGUGCUCCAGAACAUCCCCCUGACAGCCACUGUGGCCCGGCGGGGUGGUAGCUCCCGGCACCACAGAAAAAGGGGUCAAAGGAGCUGCUUCAUCUCCUAG